AUGGGGCUUUACAAAGGGCCGCGGCUGUUGGAAUUUGCAAAGACCCCACAACACCUUCAGUUCAACAAGUAUGUGCUCACGGGUUACCGGCCAGUGUCCACGGCCCAGGAGUGCAUCAGGAGCCUCUUCUACAUGCACAAUGAGCUGGGGAACAUUUACACCCAUGGCGUCCCUUUUUUCCUCUUCUUGGUGCUACUGCCCUUUAGUAUCCCCUGGAUGGAGGUGGACAGCUCCUGGAUCUGUGCGGUCCAUUACCUGGCCUGCCUCAGCCCCACAGUGGGCUCCGUGGUCUACCAUGUGUUCAUGAACCACGUGGGAGGGGAACAUGUGUACGACACCCUGCUCUCCAUGGACAUGUUCGGGGUCUGCCUAGUAAAUACCCUAGGUGCCCUCCCCAUCAUCCACAUCACCCUGUUCUGCUACCCCCUCCUGCGACAGGCUGCUCUGCUGACUUACACCCUCCUGUCAGCGUACGGCAUCUACUGCGCCACCACGGCCCGCACCAACAUCCUGCGCCUGCAAGCGUUCAUCUGGCAGGCCAUGUUCCGCUUCCUGCUCUUCCUGUUCAGGGUGUUCGGCAGCGGGGUGGGCAGCCCUCACUCACUGCGUCUCUUUGUCAUCAUGGACACUCUGGCUGUAGUGGGGGGGCUGGUCAACAUCAUCCAGAUCCCCGAGCGCUUCGUCCCCGGCCUGUUUGACAACUGGGGCAACAGUCACCAGAUAAUGCAUGUCAUGGUGGUGUGCUCCAUUAUCUACCUGCACUGGGGCACUCUGGAGGAUUUCGAAUGGAUUAAGACCUUCCAGUGUCCUACUGAGCAAAGCGUAUAAAGUGCACACUCAUGAACUGAUAGGAAAUGAAAUUUAGGAGAGAGGAAGGUUGUUUUAAAUAUUGCACUUUAGUC